UCUGAGUCCCUUCUGUUCUCUGACCCUUCUCUCUGACCCUUCACCCUUCACUCCUGGAACCUUGGUUAUUCCUGGAUUCCCAAGAUCGCCCGCCGCUCCAGGUGGGAAAACUGAGUUCCAGAGGGAAGGACCAAGAUCACAGGAGGGCUUCACGGUUGUCCCUAGCCAGUGGCUUUUCCAUCAUUUUGCCAUGUCGAACUUCACAAAUGACUCCAAUUGAUACAGCUUUACAGACCAACCCCUAAUAUCAGGGUGCUCCAGACAUCUGUGCUUCCUUCUCCUGGACGUUCUCCUCCAGGGGUCCCAGCUUGCCUUGGCCAUCCUCCAAGACCACUGGCAGGACUGACCUGGGCCUAGCAGCUACAGGCAGAAUUAAGACACCCUGUGGAUUGCAACAGGAGCAUUAGGACCUGCCAGAUCUUGUGAUGGAUUUCCCAAAGGUGGGGAGGCAGAUGGACGCCUCAACAGGGGGACUACCAGGAGCAAGACCCAUCUGGCCAGGAGCUGCCCUGUCCAGCUAAGGGUGGGGGCCAUCUCUGCGGGAGAUCAAGAGUGAUAGUUUGUCUCUCACAGGGGACUGGAGUAGGAGCCAUGGGCUUGUCAGGCUCUUGUCCUGGGCAGGAGUCAGAGAUAGGGCCGGCUCUAGAUCUGAGCCCACUGCCUCCCGAGUUGUUACUGCAAAUCCUGCUCCACGUGCCCCCCCGGAUGCUGGUGACACGAUGCCGGGCCGUGUGCCGGCAAUGGCGGGAGCUGGUGGACGGGCCGGCACUGUGGCGUCUUCGCUGGGCCCAGACCAAGGAUGCUUCAAGCCAGGAUCUGCUUGAAGCCACUCACUACUGCCCUCCUGCUCCCAAGCCUUGUUCCUGGGCCCGCCUAGGCAUCCUGGAGCCACUGGGUCGGAACCUGCUCCGAAAUCCCUGUGGGCAAGAAGGGUUCCAGAGCUGGGAGCUGGAAAAUGGUGGAGAAGGCUGGGCAAUAGAAGAGAAUCGCAAACCAGUGCCUGGGGCACAGGCCCAGACCUGCUUUGUGUCUUCCUUUCGGUGGUGCCGGAAGAGACAAGUAGUGGACCUCCUGGCGCAGGGGCUGUGGCCAGAGCUGCUGGAUGACCCCCGGGCAGAGAUCCACAUCAGUGACUGGUGGGGAGCUCGAGAGGACUGUGGCUGCCAGUACCAGCUUCAUGUCCGGCUGGUGGCUGCUAACCGGCGCACAGUGCUGGCCAGAUUUGAUGUUGAGCCUGAUCCUAUCCCCCAGUGGAAUGACAAUACCUGCAUCCAGGUCUCCCACAUCUUCACCAACUUCCGAAAAGGUGUCCGCUUCCUCUUUUUUGAACAUGCUGGCAAAGACACACAGUUCUGGGCAGGCUAUUAUGGUGCCCGCAUCACUCACUCCAGCGUGAAGGUCUAUUUCAGGACACCUUAACUGACUUGCUCCUAGGAAAAAAGCCCCAUCCCAAAGAAAGACAGGGAAUCCUGAGUAGGGAAGGGCAGGGGCCUCUACUGGGGAAAAGACCAAAACUCACCCCUCCACUUGUUCCCUAAUUCCUGCUAGUUUAGUGCCUAAAGGAAAUCAUCAGCCCCCUUCUUCCCCAUUUAUGAACUGGCCUCAACUUCUCACAAUCUACAAGUGGGAAGGAUGGGGUAAUUCCAAUAGUCAUGCCUCCUACUCUUUCUCAGGACAGCCAAAAAAUUAACCAGGAAUAAGGGGGUGUGGUAGAAGAAAUUGAAGGGGACAGGGUGCAGAGUGUGAGUAAUUAACCAGGGAGAAAAGAGGAAAGGGAAGGGAAUUAACCAGUGAUGGGAGGGGGGUCAUGGUAGGGAAAACUAAGGGAAGGGGCAGCAUAUAGUGAAGGAAAUUAACCAGGGAGAACUGAUUAGGGGCUUAUGGUAGAGAAAUUAACCAGGGAGAAAUGGUAUGGAGGAGGAAAUUAACCAGGGAAGGUAGUUUAUAGUAAAGGAGAUUAACCAUGGAGAAAGUGUAAAUGAUGGAAGUUAGCCAGAGAAAAAAUAGUGGGUUUAUGGCAGUUUAUGGUGGAGGAAAUGAAACUAAACAGGGAGAAGGGAUGUAUGAUAGAAGAAAUGAACUGAAGAAGAAUAUGGUGGAAGAAAUGGAGUAUGGGGGAGGAAAUUAACCAGAGAGAAGGGAAUAGCAGAAAUUAACCAUGGAGGAAGGGGUGUAUGAUGGAGGAAAUUAACCAGGGAGAAGAAAUGAUUGGGAAGGAAAUGAACUAGGAAGAAGGGGUGUGUGGUAGAAGAAAUUAAUCAGGGAGAAGGAAUGUAUGGUGGAAGAAAUUAACCAGGGUGAAGGGGAUAGUGGGAAUGAAGAGAGGCUGAGUGGACACAAAUGUCCACUGCCCUCUUGGUAAGCCCUACUCUACAAUGGUCAAGGGCUCUCUCUUUGUUCCCUAUGGCAGCAGUCCUCAGCCCUUUUAUUUUUUUAAAAUAUCACACCCCUAUCAGAAAACGUCUUUUCUGUAAACUUCCAUUAUAUGUAUACUUUAGAAGUCAUAUGAACGUUCUGCUAUACUAAUAAGUAAGUAUAUAAUACACAAAAAUGGAUAUUAAAAAGGAUAGGUAAAAUGAAUAUUUUUAAAGUAUUGUAAAAUUUUACAAAAACUCUUUUUCCUCACCAAAAUAUUAAUUAUAUUACUAAUAAUAUUUUUAGCGAGAGCCAAGUGAUUGAAAAGGUUUCAACAUUAAAAAAAAUCCUUGUGUAUAUGCACAGGGGUGGGGUGGGUUAAGUUAGACUAGUAAAUAAAUGUUAAAUUAUCAAAUUAAACACCUACCUAUCUCACCUUACAAAGAACAAAAGGAUUUGUAUAUGAAACAACUUGUUAUGAUUGUUUUUUUAACAUGUACAUUAAAUUGGAUGGACUUGAUCACAAAA